AAUGCAUGCAAAUAUUCUUAGAUUAGCCUUUAUUUCACCAUGAUUACCCAUAGUGUCGCGAUCUUGUUGGUUUCGGUUUCGAUUUCCGUAGCAUUCGAUUGGUACUCAUUCACGGAGCAAAACUAUGCUGCAAUUCAGUCCGGUCUAGCACACUUGAAUGAAGCCGCCAGAGGAAUGAAUACGUCAAUGGUUGAGAACCAGCAGAUUUCUCAAAAUGCCAUCCGUGAAUUGGUGGUGCAUAUAAAUCAAUCAUUGAUCUCACUGCAGCGCAUUUAUCCGGAAGCAGCCAACUUGUCAACGGACCAGUUGCCAACCACGACGUGGUACACCGGGUAUGUUGAAUCCGUCACAGAUCAGUUCCGUCAGGCUUCAACCAAUAACGUAAUGAUGCCAGCGCAGGGUGUUGUGCGGAAUAUUCUGAAUGCCAUGGACGAUUUGUAUCAUCAGGAUUGUGGCGAAAAAUAUGCUGCCGAUUUGAUCCAACCCAGGAUAUCAGUGGGUCGUCUGAGAGAUUGUUUAACUACGAAUAUUCCUUUCUUCCAAGGAUUAACCGAAACAACUCAGCUGCUGAUGAGGUAUUCAAUGACGGCUGUAGAUGCGACUAUUGCUCAGGUGCAGCUUUGUUCGCCGAAUUCAAGAAGCUGCUUUGCAAAAUUUUUCACAGAUUUACCAAGAAUGUUGAGCAACAUCAUAAACAAUAUUAUUAAUCUGAACGGAGUUCCAAACGCUUUCUCGCAGCCAGCAAAUGAGAGGAACCAGGAAUGCGUUUCGCUGAUUACAAAUGAUAUAGACGAGGCAAUUCAGGACAUUAAAGCCAACGUUUCUGCAGCAAAACGACCAUUCUUUACCGGUUUUACUUGCGUGAGAAAUUAGGUGCCGACUUUGUUCUUGAACGCUCGAUUUUUAAGUUCAUAAGCUGUAGUUAACAUUCUAUUCAGCAUUACUUCGGCAUAAUAAGUCUUCUUCCUUAUUACUGCUAGCAAAAAAUAUUUUGUUGUGAAAGGUUCAUCAAAUUGUUGACUGUUGCAUAAAAAAUCCAAUCGAUUUUGAUUUAGAAAACUUUAUAAAUCGUAUCGUUACGCAUCUAUUUCCAUGCAAUAAAUUAACUAAUUGCUUAAGUAUUAUUUAAAAAACCUGAUUUAAUCCACCUAUUGGUGAAAGGAA